CUGCCUCCACUGGUCGUCCUCGUGCGGCACGGCGAGUCGCAGGGCAACGCAGACCACACGCUGUACCGCACCAAGCCGGACAACCUGAUCGAGGUGACUGAGCUGGGCACCGAGCAGGCCGAGGCGGCCGGCCGUCGCAUUCGCGGCAUCGUCGGCAGCCGCCGCGCCCACCUCUUUGUGAGCCCUUUCCAGCGCACGCUCCAGACGGCGCGUUCGAUUGAGCGCGCCUUUGAUGCCGGCCAGAUCGUGCGCACCUCCAUCGACCCUCGGAUCCGCGAGCAGGAGUUUGGCAACCUGCAG